AUCUUUAUAUUGUUGCAUGUAUUUACUACAGGUGAUAAUGAGAAGGUCAAGAAGCUUGAUGAAUUGGUAACUCAGAUGGCAGGAUUUGAGAAGGUAUAUCCAGUUUGUGGACAAACGUACACCCGUAAGGUGGAUGUAGAAUGUUUGAACGUCUUGGCUUCACUAGGGGCAACUGUUCAUAAGAUUUGCACUGAUAUACGGCUCUUGGCUAAUAUGAAGGAGAUAGAAGAGCCAUUUGAAAGCAGUCAGAUUGGAUCUAGUGCCAUGCCAUAUAAGCGCAAUCCCAUGCGCAGUGAACGCUGUUGUGCCUUGGCACGCCUCCUGAUUGCCUUGCCUUCCAAUUCCCUCAACACUGCAGCAACCCAGUGGAUGGAGCGAACGCUUGAUGAUAGUGCCAACAGGUAAUAGUUUAAUAUCAAUUAGCAUCUUC